GAGCAUAAUCACUGUUCAGAAUGCCUGUUAGGUCUUGCAGCAUAUGCUGCAGUUUCAAUUUCAAGCAUGCUUUUGAGCUGUCAUACAAAGCCGUUCACUCUUCCUGUACUUUACCAUCUGUUUAGGCCUAAUUUGAGAGAGUGGGCAUUCCGCGAAGCGUACAUGGAAAUGGAACGAAGAGAGAAGCUGGGGUUGCCGUAUAUCAGCAAAGACCUGAUUGAUCCGGAAAAAGUGAAGCUUGUUUUACCGACUGACGAAGAACUGGGUGACUUCGAAAUCAUCGUUUAG